GUUGGCAGCUUGACGUAGCUCCCUUCCAGUUGGUCAGUGGCUCGUGAGUGCAGUUCGGUCUGUUGUCCAGGCGGCUGCGCGUGCUGCCGUGCCUGGCUGUAGUAUAUAAACGCGGUCAACGGUCAGAAAUCACAACAGUCAAGCUGCUCAAAACGUUAACGGUCUGUUAUUGAUUCCCCCCAAACCAUUCACUUCUCAUCUCCGCUACCGGCAUCCGUGCCCGCUCACAAGCCGGGGGAGAGGGGGUCCAGCGCGGGGCGACACAGCAUGGACCCCCAAAUGAAGGAUCGAGCCAGCCCGGCGGCGGGGGGCUUCAGCGGGCGUCUGGCCUCUCUGGGAGCCGACGGGGGUGACUCGGAGUCCGGAGCCGGCUCGGAGGAGGCUGCCGUGGGCUGCUGCAGCGAUACGUUCAGCAGUCUGCCCGACAUGGAGCAAGAGACACUGGAGGAGAAAUUAAGAGGACUGGCGUUCAGAAAACAGACCUCGUAUCGGAAAGCGAUCUCCCGUUCAGGCCUCCAGCACCUCGGACCACCCCAACCCGCCCUGCCUCCUGCGUCCAACGGGCCCAACAAGGAGCUGCGCGCCGGCGUGGACUGGACGGAGAACGCAGUGAAUGGGGAUCACCUGUGGAUGGAGACGAGUUGUUCAGGAGAGCUCUGUUAUCUCGGGGAGGACACCUGCCUACUAAAGACCGCAAAGUCGGCCCCCAGGAGGAAAUGUGCUGUCUGUAAGAUCGUUGUUCACACUGGCUGCAUAGAGCAACUAGAAAAGAUUAACUUCAGAUGCAAGCCAACAUUCAGAGAAGGAGGAUCCCGGUGCCUCAGAGAUCAGAACAUACUGAGACAUCACUGGGUUCACAGACGAAGACAGGAGGGGAAAUGUAGACAGUGUGGAAAGAGUUUUCAACAGAAGUUCUUCCACAGUAAAGAAAUCAUCGCCAUCAGUUGUUCCUGGUGUAAACAGGCUUUCCACAAUAAGGUGACGUGUUUCAUGCUGCACCAGAUUGAGGAGCCGUGUUCACUGGGGGCCCACGCUGGAGUCAUAGUACCACCCUCCUGGAUCAUCAAAGUCAGGAAACCACAGAGCUCACUUAAGAACUCUGCCAGGAGAAAAAAGCGGACAUCUUUCAAACGAAGGACAAGCAAGAAGGGACUGGAUGAGUCUAAAUGGCGUCCGUUCAUGUUGAAGCCCCUCCCCUCACCUCUCAUGAAGCCCAUCUUGGUUUUUGUCAAUCCCAAGAGUGGGGGCAACCAGGGAGCCAAGGUGUUACAGAUGUUCAUGUGGAUCUUGAACCCUCGACAAGUCUUUGACCUGUCACAGGGUGGGCUGCGAGAGGCGUUGGAUUUGUAUCGGAAAGUGCCAAAUCUGAGGAUCCUUGCCUGCGGAGGGGACGGCACGGUGGGGUGGAUCCUGUCCACUCUAGAUGAGCUGCAGAUGAACCCCCAGCCUCCGGUCGCUGUUCUUCCUCUGGGAACAGGAAAUGACCUCGCCAGGACGCUCAACUGGGGUGGGGGUUACACAGAUGAGCCGGUGUCCAAGGUUUUAUGUCACGUGGAGGACGGUUCGGUGGUGCAGCUGGACAGGUGGAACCUCCUAGUAGAGAAAAGUGAUGCGCAGCCAGAGGAGGGCACACAGAAGCUGCCUCUGAAUGUGUUCAACAACUACUUCAGCCUGGGAUUCGAUGCUCAUGUCACCCUGGAGUUCCAUGAGUCCAGAGAGGCCAACCCAGAAAAGUUUAACAGUCGCUUCCGCAACAAGAUGUUCUAUGCAGGAGCUGCGUUCUCAGAUUUCCUCCAGAGAAGCUCCAGGGAUUUGUCCAAACAUGUCAGAGUGGUGUGUGAUGGUACCGAUCUAACGCCUAAGAUCCAGGACCUGAAAUUCCAGUGCAUUGUGUUUCUAAACAUUCCAAGGUACUGUGCUGGCACCAUGCCGUGGGGAAACACAGGCGACCACCGGGACUUUGAACCGCAGCGCCAUGACGACGGCUGCAUUGAGGUUAUUGGCUUCACCAUGGCCUCAUUGGCGGCGCUACAGGUCGGCGGUCAUGGAGAGAGAUUGCACCAGUGCAGAGAAGUCAUCCUCACUACCUUCAAGACCGUACCUGUUCAGGUUGACGGUGAGCCGUGUCGACUGGCUCCCUCCACUCUCCGCAUCUCCCUUCGAAAUCAGGCCAACAUGGUCCAGAAGAGCAAGAGACGCACCUCUGUGCCCCUGCUCAACGAUAUUCAGAAGGUGUGUGCAGCUGAUCUGCGCCGCCUCUCUGCUCCCCCAGACUCCUUCUCUGUUCCUCACGCAGUUCCAGAUCGUCUGCGUCUGCGAGUGAAUCGGAUCAGCCUCCAGGAGUACGACCGACUGCAGUACGACAAAGAACGACUACGAGACAUCUCCAUCCCAGUAGGCAUUGUGGUGGUGAGGGGGGACUGUGACCUGGAGACAUGCAGACUCUAUAUUGACAGAUUACAAGAGGACUUACACCAGGCGCCAUCUACUGGCCACAGAGUGCACUAUCAGGAUGAGUGCAGAGGCGUCCCCAGGUCCAGUUCAACCAGUAGACUCUCUCCCAACUGGAGCUUCUUGGAUUCCACAUCAGCUGACCGCUUCUAUCGCAUUGACAAGGCUCAGGAGCACCUCCACUUUGUGACAGAAAUCUGCCAGGACGAAGUGUUUAUCCUGGACCACGAGGGACCAGUGGUGAGCCAGGGAUCGUCCACGGGGAUGCCUGAUCUGGUAGUGGAGCCCACUGUGGGCUCUCCCCUGACAUCCGAGGAACAAGCACUGCUGACAGCUGCCAGUACAGGGGAUCUUAACAUGCUGUCAGAGUGUGUGCGUCGAGGCGUCAGCUUGUUGGUUAGAGACUCUGGAGGUCGUUCAGCGUUACAUAUAGCUGCCCAGAAUGGACACACAGACGUGGUCAGCAACAUACUGCAACAGGGCUCUAAGGUGCUUCUGGAUUUGACAGACAGAGAGAAAGGGGACACUGCAUUGCACAAAGCAGCCUCAGAGAAGCAGCAUGCUGUGUGUCGAUUGCUUGUGGAGGCCGGGGCGUCGCUGGAGAAGACCAACUUCCAGGGGAAGACACCAGCGGACCAAGCGGAGGGAGACUCGGCGCUCGCCACCUACCUGAGCACCCAACAACACACAUCUUCUGCCACCCGCGAAGACCUGGAGACGGCUGUCUGAGGCGCACACACACUCACACACACUCACUCUGUCUCUCUGGACUCGUAGUGGAGACGAAUCUGUAAAAGUGUUUAAAAAAAACAAAAAACGAACAGAGUCUGGAUUUAACUUCAGUGUCUCCACAGACGGAGAGACAAAUCAGAGGAGUGAACUGCUUCCGCUCACAGCAACACUGCAGUGGAGAUUUUAAUGGUCAACUAUUUAUUUGUAUUUAUUUAUUCAUAUUAUAUUUAUUGGUUGUUCUGAUUGAUUGACUGAGUGAUUGAUUGUAGGACUAUUAAUGGUUCAGGAUGCAAGUGCACUUUGAGCAGCCGCCACGGGUCGUGAGUUCACUUGUCGUUUAGGAGAGCCGAACUUAUGAUAACAUGUUGUUUAUUUUGGUCACAAUUGGUAUUUUAAGAAUGGGUUUUCUUCUACAGUCACUGAAAAUGUGUCGAUCAAGCAUUGAAAAGCAGUUAGAAGUUAUUUCUGUAGAAAAUAAUCGAAAUUUCUUAAAGUUUCUUUUCAGAACUGAUGGACAUACUAAAGGCUUAUAUGUUUACCCCAUGAAACCUGUGUGCCAAAGACAUUGCACUGACGUAGUGUCAUAUCUAAUCUAUUAUUUCAGUAAUGUUCCCAGAGUCUAUCACAGUGGUCGGUUUUCACAUUCUCAUUAAUCUCCAAAGCUGAUUGCUGUUGUACCAAAUUAUGUAAUGAUAAUGUUUCAUUCACGCUGUUUCAUUCAGCAUCCGCAUUACUGGGUCAACGGAGGGCUUUGAUAACAUUACAAGGCUAAAACGAUCUCAUUUCAACUGUCUCGCAUUAGUUUAAGUACGGAAGGAAGUAAGUGAGGAAGGAAGAAAUCUUUAUUUUUAUAGCACCUCUUGAAACCAGAGCUACAAACUGCUUCACAAGUGCACAUGAACCCGAAACUGACACAGAACAAUUACAGGCAGUGGUCCAAGUUUGAGAAAUUUAACAAAAUAAAAGACAAAAAAGUUAUAAAAAGUCCAGUCUGCACAAGGAGGUUUUGAAAGGCUCAGCUGACCUGUUACUGAGGGGCGUCGGGAUCCCCUAAGGGGCCCAGAAAAUAAAUCUCAAGGGUCGCAUAAAUGAUUAAGGGUAUAAGAAAGAAAAAUAUAUAUUUCUGUCAUACAAAAUAAUGUUUAUUUUUCUCUAAUACUUGAUGCUUUCAUCUUUUCAGGCCUCUAAAAGCCUUUCGAACUAAACAAUCGAAAAAGAAGGGGGGGAAAAAUCGCUCUUUGGUCCAACUGCUCCCCGUGGAUAUUGAUUUGUUUUAAGGUGUCACAAGCCAAACAGGUUGGGAACCACUGGUUUAUUUUACCACUGGUGUUGGAGCCAUUUACCUUGAUCGCAGCAUUUGCCAGACAUGGUGAAAUGGUAAAUGGACUGUACUUGUAUAGCGCCUUUCUAGUUUUACGACCACUCAAAGCGCUUCACACACUACAUAUCGCAUUCACCCCAUAUGGCAGAACUGCCCACCAGUAUUAAAUUAAUCAUUCACACACACUGAAGGCACAGGGAGCGAUUUGGGGUUCAGUGUCUUGCCCAAAGACACUUCAACAUGUGGGCUGAGGGAAGCCGGGAUCGAACCGCCGACCUUCUGGCUGCUCUACCACUAAGCCACAGCCGCCCUGACAAUUGAUAUGACAAUUCUUGGUGCAAAAUAUGGUUGAAAAAUCUGAAACCUUUUUUAAACAUAGUCAAAAUAAUCUUAAACUGGAUUCUAACACAAACAGGGAGCCACUGUAAUGCAACUAGAGCUGGAGAGAUGCUAUGCUUUGAGCGCCCAGUUAGGUUUUAUUAAAUAACCCGAUUUUUGGCUCCGUGUGGUCCGUCUUUAAAACCCAGACUUUUUAUUUUAUGAACAAUCAUUAGUAUCCUGUUUUUACUAUUUCAUUCCACCACAUGUUGGACUUGUUGUUGGUCCCCAGUGGAGUUUGCCUGGUUCAGCUGAUGUGCUGAUAUUUAGUUUUAUUCUUGUCGUAGUGGAAGAAUUCUCUGAACAGGACUCGGUGAUAUGGAUAAAAGUCAUUAUUAAGAUAUUAAUGAGGGUAUUUUGAUAUUUAUUUGUAUUACACUAUGGAAAAUGUAUGCAAAAUUGUGUAUAAAAUCACUUUAUUACAUGGGACCAAACUCAUGUAUAAAAAAACAAACUUCCAAUAACUUUUCACUUGUUAGGUUUUAAUUACAGCUUGCUCCGAAUCAUUAAUUUGGACAACAGAAAUAAAUAAAAACACAAUAAUGACAAAACAACGGCACCCAGCAGGAAUGAAGUGCAACAUAAAUUACUUUUACAACUGAUUUACAUAGAAUUUUUCUCUUAUUUGACACAAAUUUCAAUCACAAAAUUAACAUGUAUAUAUAUAUAUAUAUAUAAAUUUUACAUUCAAACAAAAUGUGAUCCUUGACAGCAGAAAAAUAACACGAUAUGAUGCCACUGAAAGUAGAGAAACAAUAUUGAAUUAUUGCCCAGCUCUAUCACUCAAACUGAAUUCAGAGUGAAGAUUAGUCCGGUAAUCAACAGGAAAUUAACAGGAAACUAAUCUGACGAUUGAUUAAUCAUGUAAGUCUUUUUUUUUGUGUGUAAAACCCCCCAAAAUUUGCUGGUUUCAUACUCUCAAAUUUAAAUAUUUGCUGGUUUUCUUAGUCUUCUAUGAUCGUAAAUUUAAUAUCUUUGUGUUUUGGACUGUUGGGAAAAAGUACAUUAUACAUUUUACCGACCAAAAGGUUCAUUGAUUAAUCUGAAAAGUAAUUUUCAGAUAAAUUGAUAAUAAAAAUAAUCUUUGGUUGCAGCCCUAAUUCAGAGCAUCACAGGAGUAAAAGUCAGUCGUAAUCUUUCCCCACAAGACUAAAUUAUUUUAAAUCAAUUAAAUAAAAAUUUUGCAUCCAAACUAGUUUUUGUCAUAAGCAAGUAAUCAAACAAAACAGUAUUAAAUCGAUCAUAUCCAUCACUGACUGGACCAGAUCUGAUUAUUUUGAAAGCACCAGUAUCGGCUUAGUAUCGAGAAAAACCAACACAUUUGUUCAACCAUAAGUCCUUGUGCUGGUGUUAUUUAACGUUCAGCAAGUGCAGCCAGUUCAUUGUGGAGGACACACCAGACUAUAUUUAAAAAAAGGGCCGUUUUGAAGCAUAAUCACUAACCUGUUAAUUUUCAAACGUCUGACUCUCCAGCUGCCGUCACACAAAUAUUUUAACUUUUCACACGGGGAUAGUGUGUAUCUGGUACUCCAGACCCAACAAGGCUUUUCACACGCAGCUUGUGUGUGUGUGUGUGUGUGUGUGUGUGUGUGUGUGUGUGUGUGUGUGUGUGUGUGUGUGUGUGUGUGUGUGAUAAUAUUCCCCAUUCCAUAUCAAAUCUGAAAAGACAAGUCAGUACAACUGCAACAGAAAGAGACGUAAGACUCUGCUCUCCGUGCAGCAUGUACAUAACUACAGACUGUGUGUUGUGUUAUAAUAGUGUGUGUGUGUGUGUGUUUCAUGUGUAUGUGAGUCUUUUCAUGUGUAUCUCAAGUACACAUUCCCAUGUGUGUGUGUGUGUGUGUGUGUGUUUGCAGCAUUUAUCCAAGAAGAAAAGAAAAAUCUGAGCCAUAUUCAAUGCAAUAUGAAUAUAUGUGACGUCUUUUUGCAUUUCUCUAUUAAUCGUUUACAUUACAUUAAUGUUUUUAACAUAGUCGACCAUUUAGCACCGAGGAGUAUUGAAUGUGCAAUUUUACUUCAGUGCUGGUUGGGUGUAUGAUUGUCUUGUUAUUUUUUUUAUUUUUUAUUUUGUGUGCAUGUAUGUCAGUGGAUUGAACUUUUAAACAACCCUGUGAGGUCUGUUUUGAUAUAACCUGUUAUAAACUAAAAUUGAUACAUAAAGGUGGACCUGCUUUCCCAAGUAUUUGUGGGGACACUGAAACAUUUUAAAGACUCAGAUGUAGCCAUUGUAGAAGUCAUACUACCUACAUUAAUGCAAAACGUGUUGUAGAUUUGUUGGAAAUCCCGUUUUCAGCUGCCACAAAGAUUAACAGACUUUUUUACGAGUCAUUUCUUACAUUUUAUGUUUCCAUUUGUCCAUCAUUAAAACCUCCUGCAUGAGGAAAGUUUUAUUUGAAAAUAGAGCUGUCACACAGUGAGACAGUGAGCACAGCAUCUUAACUCAAGGUCCACUUGCUAGACGUCUUCGUGGCCUUCCUUGAUGCGGCUGAAAGCCCCAGAAGAUAUCUAGUAAGUUGACCUUAAGUUAAACAUUAUUAUUAGAUUAUUUUUCAGUAUAUAGAAGUGUAAAUUCUUUCUUAAUCAUCAUGUAAGAGAUAACAGGCAACAAGGUGUCCUUAUUACUGUGUGUGUGUGUGUAUAUAUAUAUAUAUAUAUAUAUAUAUAUAUAUAUAUAUAUGUAUGUGUGUAUGUAUAUAAACACAGUUAAAACAUUUUUUAUACUUGUGCCGAUGCAAUACCUGAGUUUUGGUCCCGAUAUUCUCUUUUGAGAAAUAUAAAUAUGUUUUUCUACAAAGCCCUUUUUUCCAUAUUUCCAAAGUAAACAAACUUUUCAAAUGUUAAAUGUUGUCUAAACACAAAUUUUCCCUAAUUAACAAAGACUAAUAAUGACAGAAUUGUCAUUUAAAGGGUCACUCCACCGAUUUUACACAUGAAAGUCAGUUUACUCGUCAUGGUUAGUCCUACUCAGCCUGUGGAAACGUGUAAUGUAUAUAAUGUUUUUAUAGCACCUAUAUAAUGUCUUCUGUGGCUUUGAAGGGAGCUGACAGUCGGAGAAAAUAACCCUGAUGACCAUUUCAGGCUUCAGACAAACUGUAGAUGAUGAUUUGAUUUGUAUUAUGGGAGAUUCCAGUGUUUUGGGAGCUCGACCCACAUUAGGGACUAAAAGUCAGGGUAUCUCGGCCUCUGCUGCUUUGACUUUGAACGUUAUUUUUUAAAUCCGUCUCUCACAAGCUUCACAACUUUAUGGAAGUGCAACAGUAAAUCACUGGAGUGACCCUUUACAUAAGGAACUAUCUAAUCAGAGAAUAAAGGAUUCAGAUCUGAUCAGACAUUUGAUGCCAGCUUUGAUACUUAACAGUUUUUAUUAUUUUUAAACUGGUAACACAGCGUGAUGCAUCAGUGUUGCUGCUAUAUUAACAUGCUUAAUGCACUGAUUUAGAAAAGCUGUUAAGAUGUUGCCCCAAACUAAGUUUCUGAGGUGUUUUCUUAGUAAAUAACUUCAAUUACAGAGACAAUAUACAACAAACGUGACUCACAUACGCAACACACAAAACAAAGAAAAAGAAAAUACUUUUGCUUAUUUGCAAUUAUAGCCUCAGUGUCUGGCAAACAAAUGAAAAGUCCAAAAAAGUCUUAAAAUCAAAAAUACAUUUUUAAUAGACACUUUCCAGCCAAUCAGAAACCUUUUUUUUCAUAGCAAUGGUAUAAAUUAAGAUAAAUGUUUUUUUGGCUUUGGGAUGAUAAAACUAUCUGAAACUAUUUUAAGUGUUAAAUUCAGGGGUGUUGAAAUAUAAAAAAGUAGAACAAUGAUGGUUUGAGGUAACUGAUUUCUUUUUUAUUUUAACCUAAAACUCACACGACAAUCUUUGCUUACAGCUUUUUGUUAUUUGAUGUUCUGCUGCACUUCUGAGUUCUUCCUUGACUAAUUCCACAUUUAAAGCCUCUCAGAUGUCAAAGUAUUUCCUCCCUUUUCACAAACGUUUGUGGUGCAGGACUUCUAUGAUGGCUACCACUGUCGACAUCCAACACUGAGACCUUCCUCUGAGUGUCUGGAGACUAUAAAAUAGGCAAAAUGUAUGUAAAUGAAAUCCUUAAAUUGAACUAAAUGUAAAUGGUGAUGACAUUUUCUAUGAAGUGACUGUGGUAAUAAGCUAGGCCCGCUCUGAAUGACAUGCACACACGCUUCUUAUCACUCUUUCUAUUGAGUAGAAACAUGACUUUGUAUUAAAUUGUGUCUCUCAUCAGCGUUGGUUAUGCAUGGCAUUUUCUUACCUCCUUGGGAGUUAUUUUCUGGUAAUGGAAUAACAAGAUGGCAUUAUUGUUGUUUAAACUAUUAAAUUAUUAUAGUUUUAAAUGAUUUCUACCUGAGUUUCCUCUUAGGUUGGACAUGUGUUUGGUGUUUUCUUGUUUUUCUUUUGCUUUUGUAUUUCUUUCUUUUUCUGCUGAUGAUGAUGGGAUUACUUGAAGUUUGUUGUUUUGUUUUAUUUUAUUAAUUUGUUAAAAAGAAGAUGUGUUGCUGGAGUUUCGCUUCUGACAUUAUUUCUUGAUUGAAUGAUUGUUGGGGAUCAUUAUUAAACUGUGGGGUUUCCUCAUUCUUAAGACAAAAAAACAACAUUUAUCUAAACAGGAAAUCAACUGCCAUUGUGAAAAAGUCACUUCAUGCUGAUUUAAACAGUCCGUUGCAAAGGUACUCUAAAGAUGUAAACAUGCUAGCAUUUGCUAAUUAGCAUUAAACACAAAGUGCAGCUGAGGCUGAUGGGAAUGUCGUCUGUUUUGCAGGUUUUUAGUCAUAAACCAAAGUAUUGGACAAAUAAAAAUUUUGACCCGAUGAUGGCGCUAGAGGAAAAGUCCAGCACUAAAAAGAGGACGCUAAUGUGUUCAUUAUAGUGAGGAAGGCGCUAGAGGAAGUCAGGAGAUCUUCAAAGACACAAGGAUUCAUCAUCUGGGGAUCAUGAAUGUUGUACAAAAUUAAAAACAUUAUUUGCCAGAAAUGUAUAUCUAAUCUAUUUACAUCAUGAUUUUUAUUGACAUACACUGACAUACUGAGACUGACAGCUAUUUACAGGAAGCUAUACCAAAAAUAUAUCUAAAUUUACAAGAAAUUAUUCAAUUCAGACCUUUUGCAACAGAAACUAUUAUUAAGUUUUGAUUUAAAUAGUGACGAAUCUGCUCCAAGUAAAGUAUUUCCCAAUAACGGACAGUUUUCCUUCCUCUGCAGCACCAGACGGGUGGCGUUAAGCCCAUCUGGACCGUUUUAACUGCAGGGGAAGUUGGAAGCUUUCUACACUUUGCCCAUCAAAAAGUUCUGGCACUUUGGUGGACGUGAUCAAACUAUGAAAGUUAGAUUUAAACGGCUAUUUUUCCUUCCAUCACACUGAUUUAACAUUUUACCGCUGGACGUUGGCACUGUAUAAAAUUUUAACAGACUGCUACUUGUACAAAAAGCUACAUGAAUAUGUAAUAUCAAUAAAUUAGACUCUUCUCUUGUAAGUUGUUGCAGUCAUUUAAAAAACACUGUCAUAGAAAUAAUGAAGGUAAAAUGUACAGUAAAGUUUUGAAAACCUUAAAAGCACAUGGUGUCUCAACACUAAACAUGGUGAGGGGGUUUUAAGGUUAAAAAAAAAUUGCAUUAUCUUCAUUUUUAAAAUGUUGAUGUAGUUUUGGAAAGAUGCCUGGAACAUUUACAUCAGCACAGAUUACUUAUCAAGUUCUCAUAAAAUCUGAUAACUUCGGAGUAUACGCUUUCUGUAAAUCAUUAUCAAUCAUUAUUACAGGGUGUGUAAAGGUAUGUUAGUGUCUCUAAUCUUAUAAUCAGAAUGCUGCUGUUUCUAAAUCACGCAGCAAGCAGUGACCCUGUGUGAUAACUGUGUGUUUUAAGAGGUCAUUUACUGUAUGAACCUCUACUGCCAGUAGAGACAGUUUAAUCUCUCACAUCUUCCUCCUGCAUGAUAUUUCACUACUUCAGUCGUACAUAUUUCAGUCGUAAACUAAACAUGAUUAUGAAACCAUUCAGAAUAUAAUCUGUCGUUAUAAAUCCCAUCAGCGCUUAAGUGUUUCACUUAAACGAGAUAUGAACUGUGACCCAUAUGUACUGUGUAAGGAAGCACCUUGAGUGUGACAUGAGAGUGAGACAUUUUUCAGGCACUCGCAAAGUCAAAUACACAAGCUCACUGACUCACAGCCGGGGAUUUCCUACAAAGUGUUACUACCAUCGUUUUAUAAAACGGACAACAUUCCUGCGGUUGGCAAAUCAGCUUACUUAUUUCAGUAUUUGGACAACACAAGUUUGUAGUGUUGUGUGGAAGCCCAUUUCCACCAGUAAAAACAAAAUAGAUGAAAAGUCACGAAAAAAAUACGCUUGGUAAGUCAUAAUAUUGAUCACAUAAUUCUUUCUCAUAAUUUAAACAUUCAGAUGUUUGAAAAUGGUCACCACGCAAAAGUUUAUACCAACAGGCUGAUCCAAUCCAUCCAACCUGCAGGAUGAUAAAACAACUCAAAACAAUUAGCUGUUCAUGUGUUAUAUACAUGAAAAUUCAAUCAAAAGUGCAUCAACCUCAAAGAGUGGGAGUGCAGAGACAAUAAUCAAUAACUCAGUAACUUUUUAUCUCAUAAUUUUUCUCAUAGUUCAGACUAUACUAAGUCAAAAUUUUACUUGUGACGCCUUAAAAAGAAGCAAUGUCUACCUGCAACCCUUUGUCACCUGUUGCAUUACGUCUACAAUUUGGGGAUUAAAUUAUUCAGUAAUUCACGUGAAAACAAUUAGAGGAAAGUUGUUAAAAUAAACCAUUUUUGGUGGCAGAAAUGUGUUUUUUUGCUGUUGUUUUUAUUAUCUAAGGUCUGUUUCCUUUAUUUUGUUAUAGCAAGAGUAAGAUUUAACCUGUCUGCUGAGUCAGCCUGCAGGUGAGUCAUAGAUCUUGUGUCAACAUUUAUCGUCGGUACAAGUGCAGGUUAAGAUUUCAAACAAUAAAGACACCACUGCAGAUUUCCUUUCAAGGGGCCCAGCCCAUGGUUCAAUAACCGUUACUGCACUUGAAAUGUCAGUAAGGAUGUAAACUUCUUCUUUAUUAUUUUAGUUUGAUUGUCACAGGUCCCCUUUUCUCACAGUGCCAAAAAUGAAAGUGUGUUGAUGUUAAACAAAGUGUCUUUGUUGCUGAGGUGACAUUCAAACACCACGAGGAUCUGGAAGUUUCUGUCCCACAAAAAAAAUUCCCAACCUUUACUUUGUGAUUAACUUGGUGGAUUGUUUUUUUUAUGUUUAUGGGAAGAAAAGAAGGAAAUAAAAACAUGUAUAUAAAUUUGAGAGGCAUAAUGACAAACAUGCCAGCCUGUACAGUUGUAACAUCCUUUGGGUAACGUCAUCAUUUUAGAAUAAAUAAAGUUGAAACCCUU